AUGCCAAUGAAAGAUAAUCAUGGCGUCGAUGUGGAAAACAGCACAUACGUCAAAUCCAAUACAGGAGAGUCACAUCUUUCUUUAGCAGACAGAAAAAACGCACUGUUGAAAUCUAUCUCUGAGAGAAAGGCAAAACUACGAAACGACACUAUACUAGCUGAAAAACGAGAAGAUGUCUGCAAUGCAAUUGACGACGUUGUAAGACUAGGCUAUACUUUUGAAAAUCUCAAGGAUUCUGGUAUAAAUGCUCAGUUUUUGAGGGAAGCAUUCGAAAGCACAGGUCGAACGGUUCCCAUAGCGGAAGAUAUAAUAAUUGACACAGCGGAAGAAACAGAGACGGAGAAACCCAAACAGCCGGAUUCAAAACACGUUGAUCAUUUUGUCACUGCCAAACUCAACCAAAAACAUACAACGCAUCCGACCAGUGCACGACCCCGAAAAAACCAUGAUAUGACCAGGGUACGACCUAAAUGGCUCGCAAAUCUUGUGAUCGACCUGACAAGCAGUGAGGAUGACUCGGACCAUGAGCUGCUGGAUCGGAAACCUACAACAUACGCCAGCACUCGCGCUUCACCGGAAACUCAGAUAAUCAACGUGAAUUCUGAAGUCAGUAGGAUCAGCAUGCGUUUGAAGAUUGAAAUCUCACGAUUAACCCACCGAAUUCGCGCCGCACAAGACCUGCCGAUCAACGAUGCACUAAUAACGUCGCUAGAAGACAAGAAAAAUACCAUGCUUGACGAUAUCAAUGGUCUGUUUGACGAAAUUGCAGCCAACAAGAAGGGAUGA